AUGGAUGCGCUGGAAGCAACGCUACUCGAUAUGGAAUGUUCAGAAGAUUCACGCCUGAUUCAACUGCGGCAUUUCUUCCUGACUCAACUACUUCGGACGCGAUUGAAGCUUACAGCGAAAGGUAUAUUUGACUUUGACUACACGCUGAUUCGAAAGAACUGGCUGGUGUUAGCGAUGGCGAAGGCAGAAUCGAUACAUAAUGGAAUAAAAACAGACGCAACCGAUGAUGUGGAAAAAUCGCUCGAACUGCUCGAUAAGGUCCUGUCGGAGUUCGAAGAGGAACCGGACCGGACAAACCACCACAACCAUCAUCAUCACCAUCAUCAUCCGGCGGUGGAACCGGACAGCCCGUCGCAGGGCCACCAAUCGGAGGACGAUGGUUACAUGAGCAUGAACGGAAGAAGGGCCAAAUUUGUACCUGAUUUUCAACCGACAGACGAGGCCACUGCACCAACGCAUCCACAAGUGCUACAGCUACACCAACCAUCACAUCACCAGCAACCGCAGCAGCAACAUUCGCUUCCGGUACCGACGGACGAAUCGUACUCGCCGCCAUCGCCCGAGGAAGCGGAACGAAUCAUUUCCAAUUUGCUACCAAGAAUUUCCCCCAACACAUCGCCGAAACGGCGACUAGCGGCAGAGAAUGGUCAAGCGGAGUGGCGCAGCAAGAAUCAAUCGAUUCGCACCUCGGACGCGAUCAGCAUCGGCGACAGUGACACUUCCGGUGACAACAAACCGUCCUCGCACGACGAAACCAUCAUCACGACGAAAAGUCCAACACAAACAACACUGCCAAAGACGCGCCCGCCGAAUGCGAUGCCCCAGCGUUACGCAAGUCUUCCAUGUUCGAGUCCACCCAAGUUGCAGGAUUUGUCCGGAUCAAACGAUACCGCUGGCGGAAGUCUCGACGGUGGCCGGAACAAGCUCGGUAUCGGUAUCAGUGCCGUGCACGAUGCGGUUCUACGUGGGAUGGCCCGAUUGCCUGAACCAAUUCUUAACGAGCACCCCGUAACAAUCUAUCCUGGCCGGGCGUCACCGACACGUCGCAUGCCUCCACGUACCCUGUCCGGUUCGAUAGAACGCCACCGGUUUCCAACGUCGGAUAACUCCACCUCCACAUCGCAGGAAAACUCCUCGCCGGAAAACAACGAGUCCGAGUACAACGAAUCGUCCCUAUCGCCCACCCACGGUCACCUGCAACCGCUGCAAGGUGGUACACCCGUCACCUCGCUGUUAAGCCGAAUAUUUCACCAAAACGCGACCGGUCCUCCGCCAUCUUCCUCCUCAGUCGCUCAACACCAUUUGCAUCAUGGAGCGACCCGUGGCCAUCGUAAUCCCCACGGGCCGGGUGUCAUUCCGGGGCUGCCCACAAGAACCGCCGGACGGCCGGACAGUGACGAUGAGCGGUUUUCCGAUGACUCGCUAGAAGAAUCCUCACUUCCACCACCUCCCGGUCCACCGACCGUACCACCACCUCCGUCCCUAUCCGCACCGGUUACACCCUCGAAGCGGCACAGCAUUGCCUGGGAGGUGAAUCUUGACGAUCCGGCAAGCUUCGGUGAUCCUCUCAUCAUCACACCGAAAAGCUCUACCGCGGUUAGCUCGAAGGUGAUUGGCCGACGAAAACCUGGGCUCAAGCACGCAACCAGCUCGCAGUCGAGUCUAGAAUCAACGCCAAGCAACAUCAAGAGCGAAUCGAACGAAUGGCCAGAUCCGCCGGACAUACCCAUCUGCAGUACCGAGGAUGAAGCGGCCUCCAUUUAUUCCGAUUCCGACGACCUCAUCCCACAUAUCCCGGACAUUAGCGGGCGCGGCACGUACAUCAUACGCAAGGGACGUCGGCAACGGCAACGUUUGGCCAGUCUCGAGUCGGAAGCGAGCAACAACGGUAUUCUCGCCGGACCCGACACAACCCCGAGCGCACAGCGGCCCGAUUCACUCGGCGACGAUCACAUCCUGCGCGGUCUACCGAGCCCCGUCUUUCCGGCAUCGAUGAUCACGCCCAAAUCACGCCACAGCAUCGAUCUGGGUUCGUCCGCAACGAAGACCGCCGCUAACGUAGCGCUGCUCAAAUCAUCCCCAUCGGUACCCCAAAAGUUACUACCCAACACCGUACUUUCCCCCAGGUCACGAUUAUCAUUAGACUUAAGUUCACCUACUACCUCAGAGCUUUCAACUAAUGUUAUAAAGAUCACCACCCCGACCGGAAGCUAUCCUUCGCCGGUAUCGGCACACCAUCACGCCUCCUCACCACUCGGUGGACCGACCGCACCACCCCUACACCAAGGACCCGCCCUAAACGGGCUCAUCAACAACGGCCCACUAGUGGUCGGUGCUGGUGGCAGCAACAGCCUGAGCAAAAGCGCCAAAGCACCGACGACGGUUGUCAACGUUAGCAGCAAUGGCGGUGCUACCAGCACCAGCAUUGUCAACGUCGGUUCCGGACCCUCGGGCGCCAAUCAACCGCAAUCAGCCGCACCAUCGCAACCGGUCGUGUCGGCCCGGUACACCGAGUUCAAGACGUACAGCUCCACGUUCGAUGCGCUCCAGGCACUGGACAACUCGGCCAGCGGUGCAAACGGUGGAAACGGUUCCGCCGGUAGCACAUCGACCGGUACCCAUCUGAACGGUUGCGGACAAGGCGCACCGACUGCCGGUGGUUCCGACAAUCCGUUGCUACGCGUUUCCUCGCUGCCUACCAUCACCCCGUCACCGCUAACAUCCUCCGCAACAGCCGAAGGUUUAGCGACACCGCGGCGGGAGCUGGCCCCGCCAAUCGAGGAGGACGAAGAGGCGGACAGCGACACACAACGAGGGGCCCCGUUGCGCAAGAUAGAAGAUAACAUUAGUGCUUUAUUACGUGGUGAUAUAUCCGUUGCUAGAGUAGCCGACAUACCUCCAGCAAGACGUCCACUAGGUUUUCGUCUAGGUGUUCAUAAAUCAGAAAGUGCCAAAGAAAUGUUGCUGUCGCAGGCAGGUCUCGGACCGUUGCCACCAUCGCCGCCAUCAUCCAGCCCGGAACCGCAGGAUAGUGAUGAGUUCCCACCAUUACCUCCAUCCCCGACGGAAGAACCGGAGGUCAUGCAUCAGCUGCACGGUAUUCGCAUCAGUUCACGCAAUCGUGGUAGCAACGGUGCUCCAAACGGUUCCAGCAAGCAUGAUCAGCUAAUACACGGCUACCGAGAGGAACAUCCACCUGCGAUUCCGCCACACCGUGGACCAUCGAUAAAUACGCUUAAAACAAGAUCGAUGGAUGCCGGGUUCAGUAAAUCGUACCGUAACGGAUCGUUCGGUUCGUCGACGUCCCCGAACGCCCCCGGUACACUUCCUCCCGAUUUGCCCGGAUGCAACUCGCGACGAAGAGUCAUCACCGGUGGCUACCAGAAGCGCACCGCACAAAGUCCCCGAGAGGAAAGAUCACUGCAAACGUCUUGCAGCCUACCGGAGACGCCCAUCUUUGCCCGAGGCUGUGACAUACCAAGAACACCACAUCGACGUGCACCAGAAGUUCCACCGCACGGUAGUGGAAGUCGCACGGCACCCAGAACUAACUCCACCACCAGUAGUCUCGGAUCGUCCGUCGUCGGUAUCAGUGCAUCGACCACGAUCGGCAGUCGACAGCGCAGCAUCAGCCAGGCGCUCGCCAACGGGGAGAUGCUGCGGCUGGCCGGCGGUCCCGCCCGGGGCUGGUACCCGAAGCAGCGCCACCCGAGACCGGCCUCCACCGAGAACCUGGACCGGCUACAUCCGCAGGGAUCGCUGCGCGCCUGGGAGGCAGCGGGUACGGGUAGCCGCAAACCGCUCACCCUACCACCAAAUCUUACACCCAAAUUUUUCAACAAGUCACCGCGUGAGGCACUGCGCCGGGUUACUAGUUUGCUCAUACGCAAAGGCAAUUCCGGAACGAAGGAAAAGGAACCGAAAAAGGACAAGGACAAGGAGCAGCCGCACCAUCAUUCGCAACAUCCGCAGCAUUAUCACUAUCAGCAACAGCAACAUCAUCACCGUGAUUCGUCAUCCGUCUUCCUGCAGCGUUCACCCGGUUCCGACGUGACCGACUCGCGAAGUUUCCCGCAGCCCUCGUCCCAGCACACCACACCGACCACGCAGAAGAAGAAAGGUUUCUUCAAGAGCUUUUGGAAGAAGUCACGCCACUAUUCGCUCGAAAAGCAGUAA